GGUUACUCUGAGCGCACGGAGUGAGGUCUAUAAGAAGGGCUCACAUCUCGGGGCUUAGAGCAAGCACAUGGAAAGCAUCAACUCUCAAGUUCUGCCAGACCUACAAUCCGAAUCCAGAUCUCAACGUUCAAUUCUCAAAUCCACACCAUGUCUGACAAGGAAGAAGUCAAAUGGGAUGCCUACUACUCGUGGGGCUUUCUCCAGGCUCUGAUCGAGUUCUUUCAUGCUUCCAAAGAGAAGAAGACGGGCAAUUUCGACAUCGACCAGAUCGCCAAGUAUGUAUUCAAGGGCGACAAAGAGGAUGCCAAGAAGUUUCUCAAGGUCUGUGAUGCCAACGCAGAUGGCAAAGUGGACUUUGGCGAAUUCCUUCAAGCCUUGCUGGAUGAAGAUGCCAAACAAAACUACAAGAACGCGCUCGUCUUGUAUUACCCUUCGGAUACCGCCUAAAGACACACUGUAUCUCACUUGUUAAGUUUGCCUUCUAUAUAUCAUCUCAAAUGAGAGUACUUCCGAGCGUGUUUGGUCUCUCUUAAGGCUGUUUCGUAUCA